AUGGCUCCAGCGACUGACAGGUACUCGCACACGCGCGCCAUCCUCGGCCCGCAGCUGUUCGAGCGCGUCCAGGACGCCCGUCUCCUCGUCGUCGGAGCGGGUGGAAUCGGUUGCGAGUUGAUCAAGAAUUUGGUCAUGAGCGGGUUCGGCACGGGCGAGCGCGGCCUCAUCGAGGUGCUCGACCUCGACACGAUCGACCUGUCGAACCUGAAUCGCCAGUUCCUCUUCCAGAAGCAACACGUCAAGCGACCAAAGGCUGUUGUCGCGAAAGAGACGGCGCUCAAGUUCAAUCCGCACGUCCACAUCAACGCCUUGCACCGCAAUAUCAAGGAUGACGAGUACAACGUCGACUACUUCAAGUCGUUCAACUUCGUCAUGAACGCCCUCGACAACCUCGACGCCCGCCGUCACGUCAACAAGAUGUGCCUCGCCGCCAACAUCCCUCUCCUCGAGUCUGGCACGUCCGGCUACGUCGGCCAAGUCCAGCCUAUCAAGCGCGAGACGACCGAGUGCUUCGACUGCACGGGCAAGCCCGUCCCAAAGACGUUCGCAGUCUGCACAAUUCGCUCUACGCCGUCGACUGCGCACCACUGCAUCGCCUGGGCCAAGUCGUACCUCUUCCCCCAACUGUUCGGUGCGGACGACGAGGCGGAUCAGCAGGAGCUUGAUGAUGCGGAGAAGAACGGCGAGAACGUGGAGGAGAUCCAGGAGUUGAGGAAGGAGGCGCGCGCGAUCCGAGAGUUGCGGGCGGGCUUGAACCUCGAGGGAGCGGCGAAGCGGGUGUUCGAGAAGGUCUACGUAGGCGACAUCGAGCGCCUGCUCAAGAUGGAGGACAUGUGGGCGCACCGCAAGGCGCCUCACACGCUCAACUGGGAUGAGCUCUCGUCCGCUCCUUCGACCUCCUCUUCUGCGCCGUCCACGAGUGACGCAUCGAACGGUACGACGGCCGCGAACGGCAAGGAUGAGGCGCGCAUCAAGGACCAGCGCAAGCUGAGCAUCAAGGACUCGUUCGACUUGUUCGUCGAUGCCGUCACCCGCCUCUCUGCCCGCUUCGACCCGCUUGGCGAGCCGCUCUCGUUCGACAAGGACGACGAGGACACGCUCGACUUUGUCGUCGGCGCAGCGAAUCUCCGAGCUGCUGCUUUCGACAUCGAGAGUCAGACGAAGUUCCAGGUUAAGGAGUACGCCGGCAACAUCAUUCCCGCCAUCGCAACUACGAAUGCCAUCAUUGCUGCCGCACUCGUUCACCAAGCGCUCAACGUCCUCCGCUCCGACUGGUCUGCCGCCCGCACCAUCUGGCUCAAGCGGACCUCGCAGCGCAUCUUCGACGUCUCGCCUCUCAGUGCGCCGAACCCGCACUGUGCGGUCUGCCGCGUCGUCUAUGUCCCCGUCAAGGUCGUUGAGGAUGCGACGCUGGGCGAGCUUGUCCGCGAGUUGGUCGGCGAGGGGAAGGCGAUCCCGUUCGAAGGGUUUGUCAGUGUGCAAGAGGGAACGAGGCUGCUUUGGGAGACGGAGGACUUUGAGGACAACGCGGAAAAGACGCUGAAGGAGUUGGGUGUCAAGGAGGGCAAGUUUGUCACGAUCUCGGACGACGAGGACCACUGGCCCGUUCAGCUGUGCAUCGGCAGCUACCUCCCGGCUUCCUCGACCGAGCGCAUCGUACCCGACACCUCCGCCAUUCCCUCGCCUAUCCCGACUCGUGCUCCUCCACCCGCACCCGAAGCCGACUCCGACUCCUCCGACGUCGAAGAUCUCGCUACAGUCGUCGAAGGCGCUGCAGCGACUGGUGCGGAAGCCGGCGCGCCUGGUGCGAAGGUCGUCGGGAAGAAGCGUUCGGCGGAGGAGGCGGGCCUGGAGGGCGAGGGAGACGAGGGGAAGAAGAAGAAGGUCGAGUACCUCGUGCUGGAUGACGAGGACGGCGACGUCGUGAUUGACUUGACGUAA